GAAGUCGAACGAGCCUAUUCUUUGGCGCAUUAAGCGCCUCCUCUGACAACGUAACUUCCUUUUCCUCCCUCCUCUCGCUGAAAUGGCCCCGAAAAGACAGAUUGUCAAGACUACCAAGAAGAGCAAGAAGGGAGCUUCUUGGAAAUACACCCUUGACCUCACACAUCCAGUUGAGGAUGGGAUCCUUGACUCAGCUAAUUUUGAGAUCUUCCUGAAAGAGAGAGUGAAGGUCAAUGGCAAAACUGGUAAUCUGGAAAAUGUAGUCCAGAUUGCACGCCUGAAGAAUAAGAUCAAUGUCACAUCGGAAAAGCAGUUCUCUAAAAGGUACCUGAAGUAUCUCACCAAGAAGUACUUGAAGAAGAACAACCUGCGUGAUUGGCUGCGAGUGGUGGCUUCAGAUAAGGAGACCUAUGAACUGCGCUACUUCCAGAUCAGUCAGGAGGAUGAUGAGUCUGAGACAGAAGAAUGAAGCUGAAGCUUUUUACUGCCAGGCGAUAGUAGACUCUGAUGGCACAUGAGACCUGAGGUGUUCACACUGUAGCCUGAGAUUUGUAAAUAAAGAUGGUUAUCUGAUACAUCA